GAACAGUGGUCGACUGCUACUGUGCUGCCGGCAUCUGCACAUGUCAAGCACCUCGCAUUAGCGCCAACGACGAAGUUUGCUUGUCGCGGCAGGAACAAAACACGUGUCUCAAGGUUUCCAGCUCUCCGGAUAUAAUAUAUGCUAAAAGCUGCAGCUGUUCAAACGAACUCUGCGUCUGCCCGUUCGGAAGGAAAAAGGAAAGCGGCGAGAUUUGCUUUCACACAGAAGGGGGUAUGGAAUGUGUCCCGUCUGUAGCGUCAUCUGAAGAAGACGGUGACGCUGGAAGAGUGGAUACGGCGUCCAGUCAGCAGCAGCUGCCAUCGCGGAAAAAGUGUGAAGAAAUCGGAGGUCAGCCUGCCCGACCGGGCGGGUACCGGUACGUAGUAUCCUUGGAGUUGAUUAAGAAAGACAGCAGACAAUUUGUCUGCAGUGGUUCGCUUAUCGCGUCUCAAAUCAUAGUGACUGCAGCGCACUGUAUGAGGCAGUCGCACGGCCGCUACUGGGCCAUCGCCGGGGUCGUGAACCGAAACGUCCCUGAACCAGCACAGCAGAAACGAAGAGUGGUUGAGCAAAUUCCACAUCGAAAUUAUUACGUACUCAAGUGAGUUUCACUGUGCAUGCUACGUAGUAUGGCACCGACGAGAUGCUAGAAGAGUGAAAGGAGCCAACACAUAAGGGAGAGGGCGACGGAGAGAGAUAAUACAGCACUGGGAUGAACGUAAAUUCUAUCGUAUAAAUGCUUCUGACGUUUCUCGAAGCUAUUC